GAAGCAGGAAAUUACAUUAACUCUCCAUUUCGAGGAAAACGAAUCUUUAGUGCUGUGACUAUCCAGCUGCGUUUUGUCUCUUUAUGUGCGUGCAGUGAAAUGGCUGAAGCUAGGGUUUCUCAGGAGCAGUUCAGCUGUCCAGUGUGUCUGGAUCUACUGAAGGAUCCAGUGACCAUUCCCUGUGGACACAGUUACUGUAUGAGCUGCAUUACAUGCUACUGGAAUCAAGAGGAUCGGAGAAAAGUCUACAGCUGCCCUGAGUGCAGACAGACCUUCAGUCUAAGACCUGAUAUAAAUAAAAACACCCUGCUGGCUGAAGUGGUGGAACAACUGAACAUGACUGAACUCCAAACUUCUGUUCCUGCUGGAGCUGGAGAUGUGGAGUGUGACGUCUGCACUGGAAGAAAAUACAAAGCUAUCAAGUCCUGUCUGGUGUGUCUGAACUCUUACUGUCAAAAUCACCUUGAACAACAUGAAAAUCUCUUCAGAGGAAAGAGACACAACUUGAUGGACGCAACUGGACAGCUUCAGAAGAUGAUUUGCCGUAAACAUGAAAAGCUUCUAGAAAUUUACUGCCGUACUGACCAUCAGUGUAUCUGUAUGCUGUGUAUGGUGGAUGAACACAAAAACCAUGACACUGUAUCAACUGCAGCAGAGAGGACUGAGAAACAGAAACACGUUGGUGAGACACAGAGAAAAUUCCAGCAGCAAAUCCAGGUGAGAGAGAAGAAGCUUCAGGAGCUAAAAGAUGCUGUGGAGGAUCACAAGCGAUCUGCACAGACAGCAGUGCGGGACAGUGAGAGGAUCUUUACUGAGCUCAUCCACUCCAUUGAAAGAAGACGCGCUGAGGUCUCACAGAUGAUCAGAGAUCGAGAAAAGACUGCAGUGAGUCGAGCUGAAGGACUCUUGAAGCAACUGGAACAGGAGAUUUGUCAACUGAGGAGGACAGGUGCUGAGUUGGAGCAGCUUUCACAAACACCAGAUCAUAUCCAUUUUCUCCAGAGUUUUCCAACUCUCCCUGUCCCUCCUGAAUCUCCAGACGUUCCCAGCAUCACUGUCAGUUAUUACAAUGAUGUAGGAAAAUCUGUCUCUCAACUGAGACAAAAACUGGAGUAUUUCUGCAGAGUGGAGAUUGAAAAAAUAUCUGGCAGAGCAGAGAGGACGAAGACAGAAAAAUCAAUUGUAGCAGAGAGAAUGAAGAAUUUAAGAGAUUGGAAGGCUGCGAGAAAUCCAAGAUUUCAAGCUCAACAGAGAGAGGUGGAGCUCAACAGAGCAGCUGAUUUUCAAAAAUUCAAAGAUAUGUUGAUGAGCAUGGAAGAUCUUUGAGAGAGAGAUGCACCCAGAUCACCCCAGAAUAUGACAGCAGGCCAGGAAAGAUUGAUGUUGGGCUGAAAGAAGAGCAAGUCUUUAAGCUGGUAAACCUAUUUUCAAAACAGCACCAAAUUUUUACUUUUAGAAAAAAACAAGUGCACAUGGUUUAAAAGCCAGACCAGCUUACAUGUUGCACUUUCUGGUAAAUAUGAAAAUAGCUUAUUGUAUUUUAUAUAGUUUUAUAGUAAAAAAAAUAAAUAAUUUGACGCUGAAUUUACAAAUGGUCUUUUUGAUAAUUAUUGAUAAUGCAGGUUAAGAAGAUUAAAAAUUAUGUAUCAGAUUUUAAGUCAUAGAUACAUUUUGUUUUUUAUUUCCAACAACAUAAGAACAAGAGUCUUUGACAUCUGUUACAGUUAAACCAAAAGUGUUAAACCAAUUUUCUUGUUUUGUUCACUCAAGGAAUCUGAUUGUUCAAUUAUUCGUGUUUGAACCUUGAAUAAAUCACUGAAGUAAUGUUUAACUAAAUUAAAGUCAUUUGCAAAUGGAAUUGAAUUACAUGUCAGACACAAAAUGUUAAAUAAAGUAAGAUGAAAUUAAUAAAAAA